AUGUGUAACAUUGGCCUGUCCUUCGUGGGCAUGCUGUCUGCAGAAAAAACUGUGAAAAAGGGGAAGAAAGAUAAAAAGGGGAAAAAGAGUUUCUUUGAGGAACUCUCCACAGAUAGCAAACCUGAAAAGGCAGAUGAUGUGGCUGUGAAAGACAUACAAGGAAAACAGCCUCAAAAAAAGAAGAAAGACCGGCGGAAAGGAAAAGGUGGCGAUGCAGAUGACGGUGAUGAUGAGGAUGUCAUGCUGAAGUUGAAAAAGCUUUCAGUGCAAGCAAGUGACGAGGAAGAGGAGCCAGUCAUCACCCCCAUUAGAGGAAACAAGAAGAAUAAGGGUGGAAACAUCUUUGCUGCUCUCAGCCAGGGCCAGAGUGAUGAGGAAGAGGACACUGAUGAGGAUGAAGAAGAUAAACCAGUAAAAAAGGAGGUUGAGAAGGACAACAAAAAAGAUAAAUCUAAGCCUAGGAAGGUGAAGACUGCAUCUGAAGAGGAGGAUGAGGCAGAGAAAGAGGAGGAUGAAGAUAAAACUACAAAGAAGACCAAGAAGGUAGAAGCCAAGUCCAAGUCUCCAGAAAAUGAUGAAGACAAGAAGCCAAAGAAGGGGAAGAAAGAGCAACAAAAGAAAGGAAAACCUGCUGAGCGAUUGCCCAGUGAGGAUGAAGAUGUGGGGGAUGAUGAGAGCGAUGGAGGUGACAUGAUGAUGAGUGCUGAGGAUGUCAUUGCAGAACAAGCCAAGCAGCAGGAAGAUGACCCGUUUGCUAACCUUAGCAAAAAGGAGAAGAAGAAGAAAAAGAAGCAGAUGGAGUAUGAGCGUCAGGUGGCCAGUGUUCGUGCCUCGAAUGCCUUGGAGGGAGAUUUCUCCAUUUCCCAGGCUGAGAUGUCCUCCAGACAGGCCAUGCUGGAGAACGCCUCUGAUAUCAAGCUGGAGAGGUUCAGCAUAUCUGCUCACGGCAAGGAACUUUUCAUCAAUGCUGACCUUCUAAUUGUAGCGGGAAGAAGAUACGGUUUAGUUGGACCAAAUGGGCAGCACACCCGCCGUUGGAGGCUUCUUUGGGAGGAGGAGAGACGCUCCAGUCGUCUGAGAAGGGAGAAGGACAGUGUGGCUGAGAGGGUUGGACAAGGUGAUGGCUGUGUCUAUGAAGAGCUGAGGGCAAUUGGUGCCGCAGCAGCUGAGGCCAAGGCCAGGAGGAUCCUGGCUGGUCUGUCAUUUACCCCUGAGAUGCAGAACAGACCCACCAAGAGGUUCUCUGGAGGGUGGAGAAUGAGAGUUUCCCUUGCCAGAGCUCUUUUCAUGGAACCCACUCUACUGAUGCUGGACGAACCCACCAACCACCUGGACCUGAACGCUGUCAUCUGGCUCAACAACUACCUUCAAGGCUGGAAGAAGACUCUCCUCAUAGUUUCCCACGACCAGAGUUUCCUUGACGAUGUGUGUACAGAUAUCAUCCACUUAGACAACCAGAAACUCUACUAUUACAGAGGCAACUACUUGACCUUCAAGAAGAUGUAUGUGCAGAAGCAAAAAGAACUGCAGAAACAGUACGACAAGCAGGAAAAGAAACUCAAAGACCUAAAGGCUGGUGGCAAGUCCACCAAACAGGCUGAGAAGCAAACUAAGGACGCCCUGACCAGGAAGCAGCAGAAAGGCAAGAAGAAGGGAGGCCAGGAGGAGGAGAGCCAGGACGCCACAGAGCUGCUGAAGAGGCCUAAAGAGUACACUGUCAAAUUCACCUUCCCCAACCCACCUCCUCUCUCACCACCCAUACUGGGACUACACAGUGUUGACUUUGGUUAUGAGAAACAGAAGCCUCUCUUCAAAAAUGUGGAUUUUGGAAUUGACAUGGACUCCAGGAGUAAGUAUGCUGCUUUUAUCUAUUAUCAUUUUAGGAUACAAGAAUGCAACAAAGAGCUGCAACACAAGAGGCAUUGUUCACAUGUUGGCUUCACUUUCCCUUCUCAUCCAGCUGUGAUCAUUGUGAGCCACGAUGCCCGGCUCAUCACAGAGACCCAGUGCAACCUGUCGGUGGUGGAGGACUGCACGGUCAACCAGAUUGACGGAGACUUUGACGACUACAAGCGGGAGGUGCUGGAGUCCCUGGGAGAGACCAUGGUCAACAAGGUCAACCCAUGAUCACACAGAGUCAGGAGGACACACUACUGCACAUCACUGUGUCCCCCAAUCAUAUGCUCCCUCAUCUUCAUCUGACCCGCUCAGCAUGUCUCACACAAUAACACUGAUAACAAUAAAUGUUGGAUUUGUUGGGUGGUAGGGGUAUCUAUUCCCUGCCUUCUGGACUCUAACAGGCUGGAGUUAUUGAUCCUAUUAUUACAUUUCUAUAAAUAUAGAUGGAGGUAAAAUGUCUCCAACAAUGAUCUACAACAGCGAAACAAUAAAAUAAUUUUUUCAUCA